UCUCAUCAACCAUCAAACUUUCUCACUUCUUUCCAAUUUCCCUCUAAAGAUCCACAAGUUUUCUUGAAAAAAAAAAAAAACAAUUCCAAUCACACCCAACUCUGUUUUUCCUACUCUAACAUCAUGACCUCAAUUGUGUGUCAAGGUUUGCAAUCAUGCCUAGAGCCUCAGCUAACCAAAUCACCUGUUCUCACCUCCAAACUGUCUUCAAAACCAAAACCCGAAGCGAAUUCGAACAACGGGUGGGGCUUCUUUAACGUUCUUUCAAACCCAACAUCAAAUGAUCAUGUUAACCAUGAAGAGGUGUAUGUUCAUCCAAUGGUGAAGCGUUCUGCUUCUGCAUUGAGUACCAAGAGCUUAGAAAUGUGUACGGAGAGUUUAGGGACUGAAACAGGGAGUGAUGUGAGUGAAAGUAGUGAUGAGUUUAAUUUGGAGGAAAGAGAGAGGUUGGGUGGUUUAUUACGGUCAAAAGCGCGUGCUUUUGAACGCAAAAUGAUGAGCCAGCGUAGAGGUGGCGGCGGGUUUCCGCCGCCAUUGACCUCUAUCAGUGGUUCAGAUGGUACUGUGAAGGUCAGGCCUCAUAGGGAGAAUGGGCGGUUGGUUAUUAAGGCUGUGAGUGUUUCAAAUUGUGGUACUAAAUUUGAGGCAGAACGUAUAAAUGGGAGACUUAGUCUUUCUUUGUUGAGGGACUGUUGUGUAAAUGUUGAAAGUGGAAGGGCUAAAAUGAAAAAUGAAGCCGGAGAGGAAAUGUGUGACGCUGACGUGGAGGAGAAAGGUGGGAGUGAGCGGUGGGAGGUGGACGGAGAUAGAAGGAAAGUCGGUAGUAAAACCAAAGUUAGAUCAUCGAAACGAAAAUCUCAAGUACCGAACUCGUUGGAAAAGUCAACCGAGUUCGAGUUGACCAAGUGCAAAGGUGCCGGAAAUGGGAAUAACGGGAUAGGAAACUGGAGUUUGUUUCGUGUGGUCAUUCCUUGAAAAAAAAUCAUAAUGCCGGUCUUUAUUUUAACGAAUUUUCAGUAACGAUUAUUAAUAAAAAUAUUUUGAUGCGUAAAAUUAAUAUUUUUGUCACUCAAGAGUUAUAUUCUUACGUUUAUAUCGGGUUGAGUCUACCUGUACUUUCACGAGUUGUUAAAAUAAUAUCUACAUGGAUUUGAGUUU